CCUAUACAAGUGGGCGGUUCGGCGCGCGCCCGCCCAGUUGUCGCCGGACCUCAGAGUUGAGGACGCUUGUGCGACCUCCGUGGAAAGAUGAACGGGACGCGGAACUGGUGUACCUUGGUGGACGUGCACCCGGAGAGCCAGACCGCGGGCAGCGUGGACAUUCUCAGGCUGACCCUCCAGAGUGAGCUGACAGGAGAUGAACUUGAGCACAUAGCUCAGAAGGCGGGCAGGAAGACUUACGCCAUGGUGUCUGAUCGCUUCUCUGGUCAUUCUCUGGCUUCAGAACUGGUGGAGUCCCAUGAUGGACAUGAAGAGAUCAUUAAGGUGUACUUGAAAGGGAGGUCAGGAGACAAGAUGAUCCACGAGAAGAGCAUCAACCAGCUGAAGAGUGAGGUCCAGUACAUCCAGGAGGCCAGGAAUUGCUUGCAGAAGCUCCGGGAGGACAUAAGUAGCAAGCUUGACAGAAGUCCAGGAGACCCUCUGCAGCAGCAGGAGAUACAGGUGGUACUAGAAAAGCCAAAUGGCUUUGGUCAGGGUCCCAUGACUCUCUACAGCAGCCCAUCUGAGGCUGACACCUGCAUGACUGAAGAUGUCGAGAGCUUGAAGAAGACUGUGCAGGAAUUGCUUGCCAAGCUGCAGGAGGCUGAACGGCGGCACCAGUCCGACCGCGUGGCUUUUGAGGUUACACUCAAACAGUACCAGCGGGAAGCAGAACAGAGUCAUGUGGCCCUUCAGAGAGAGGAGGACAGAGUGGAGCAGAAAUCGGCAGAAGUCGGGGAGCUACAGAGGCGCUUGCUGGGAAUGGAGACGGAGCAUCAAGCCUUACUGUCGAAAGUCAGGGAAGGGGAGGUGGCCUUAGAGGAGCUUCGGAUCAAGAACGCCGACUGCCAAGCAGAAAGAGAAAAGACUGCUGCUCUGGAAAAGGAGGUGGCUGGGUUUCGGGAGAAGAUCCACCACUUGGAUGACAUGCUCAAGAGCCAGCAACGGAAAGUCCGGCAGAUGAUAGAGCAGCUCCAGAAUUCAAAAGCAGUGAUCCAAUCCAAGGAUACCACCAUUCAAGAGCUCAAGGAGAAAAUUGCCUAUUUGGAAGCUGAGAACUUAGAAAUGCAUGACCGCAUGGAGCAUCUGAUAGAGAAGCAGAUCAGUCACGGAAACUUCAGCACGCAGACCCGAGCCAAGACAGAGAACCUGGGCAGUGUCAGGAUAUCCAAGCCUCCCAGCCCUAAGCCCAUGCCUCUCAUCCGAGUGGUGGAAACCUGAGCUUCAGGAGGUGGAUGCUGCUGUUGCUGCUCGGACCUGCAGAGAAGCCCACCACCCCGUAGGCUGUUGAUACUGACUCUGACUUCCUGAUAGUACCCUGGUGGCCCCAGGUCUUGGGCUUAUGCCCCAGGCUCCUGUCCUCUGCUUGCUGGCAGGUGGAGCAGAAGUCUGUCUCCUCCGGACAUUGCAGGCCUUGGGAAGACAUUCUCCUGCUAGCAGGGACAGGACAAUCUGCUUACUCCCAGUUACUGUUUUUCGGUGUAACAGAGCUUCCCUGCUGCGUACACUGGAAUCUAGCUGCCCCAAAGCCAGGCCCUCAUCAAGUCCAGAGAAGUGACAAAAUUUGUCUCGGCCCCCAAAAGCCGGAAGUGCAGAUGUACAGUGAUUGGAGCAAGUCCCGAGGGUAUGAAGUUCCUUCUGCAAACACAGCUCAGUUCUUAGCAACAAACUGUUUUUCUAGUUAGCUCCACCCCUGUGCCAUGCUGUCGGCCUCCCACAGUCAGCUAAUGGAGGCUAGCAGGCCAGGCCUGGCUGGUCUCAGCCAGUGAACCUAAACCAUGGGGACAAUGUACAUUCAGGGAGCAGGUUUUUAGCAGGAAGGUUCUUUGGGCCAUGAAAAGUUGAUGUGACUUCUCCCCACUUUGGAAGCUCCCAGUCUUUAGGUUUUCCCUGUAGUGUCCUGAAAGGCACACCUCAGUCUUCCUGACCCAGAGCUAGAACUGCUUCAUCAGUCUCAGCAAAACCAUCACUGUAUUUAUUUGUUAAGUUAUUGCUGGUUUUGCUUACAUCUCAGAGUUGAUUCAGUACCAAUGCUCUGCAGUCUCCUGCUGAGGUGUUUGGGCUUACCCGGAUGUGGGGAGAGUAUUCUGGUUGGCUCCCUGGGCCUUCCCUCUAGCUGCUGAUUUUCCUUUCUUCCUCCUGAGUCAGUCUGCAACUCAGGAGGCUAGUUUCUGCCCCCAAGUGUGUGCUGUCCGGGGAAUAGGGCAAUCAGGACUGUUUUGGGGGCAGGGGUGGGAUCUUCUAACCUCUCCAAACCCUUCCACCCCAUAACAAUCUGUAUCUCAGCUCCAAAUGACCCUGCAGCUCAUUGCGUUUCCUAUAGUGUGCUCUAGUAGCCUCAAGAACAUUCAAGCUCCUGAAUGUGGGGUCAUGGGAACAGCUUUAGUCCUCGAUCUACUUGGCUUGCCUUAAGUCUGUGUAUUUCUGUGUCAGGACCAGGCAGGACCUGGCUUUGUCUGUAUAGUAUCCUGACACUCCAGACAGUCUCUUCACAGUAUGAGGGUAUGGAACAUGAUCUCCAUGCCCCUUCAGAUUCCUUUCCUUUCUGUGACACAGCCGUUGUAUGGUGACUUUAAUAAAUUAUGCUCAUAUGUCUCUUUA